AUGGAAGCAGCAAUAAGGAGACAGAGAGAGCUUGAGGAACAACGCAAGAAAGAAGAAGAAUUCAAGCGGCAAAUGGAAGAAAUGGAAAGACAGAAAGCAGAAGCAGAGGCGAGAGAGAAACGGCUGCAGGAGAUAGCUGAGAAGCAAAGACAAAGAGAAUUGGAAAUUGAGGCGAAGCACGGCCUUGCAAACCGAGAAGGCAGCAGACGGGCAGAUAGUCAGUCUUUGAGCCACAAGUCGGAGUCUCCUGCUGGCAGCAGCAGCAGCAGCAGCAACAGCGGGCAGCCGGUGUCGCCGACGGGGUCGAGGGACCAGCAGCAGCAGCAGCAGCAGCAGCAGCAGCAGCAGCAGCAGCUGGAGUGGAGGCGCAGCACGCCGCUGACUUCUCCUGAUAAAGGCAGAGAGACAAAAGGGAGACAGGAGACUUUCUUCCGCAGGGGAGAAAGAGCAGAAGCAGCAGCAGCAGCAGCAGGCGAGGUCCUCAACUGGAGGAACAUGAACAGAGACAAGCAGCAGCAGCAGCAGCAGCAGCAGGAAUUCCCGGUGCGCCAGCAGCAACAAGACUUCCCAGCACGCCAGCAGCAACAAGACUUCCCAGCACGCCAGCAGCAGCAGCAGCAGCAGCAGCAGCAAGACCAGCAGCAAACAGAAAACCUGCCGGCAGAGGAUGAAGGCUUCACUCGCGUGCGGCGAAGAAAGUAA